ACCAGUGCAGUCGAUUGUCAUUGCAUUGAAUCCAUGCUCGGACACUUGGUAGCUGGCAUAGAACUCUUUGGCUGCGGGGGCGGCCAAAAGUGCUGAGUGAAACAAGUCUUCAGUAUCUCCUCCUAAAAUUAUUCCUCAUGGACACGCACACCGUACUGUGAGUGCCCUGCAUUCAACCAAAGAUACCAUUGUACAGUAGUGGGCAAUAGCCACACUGCUACUGUGGAACUAUUUCUUAUGUCAGUCAACAGAGCAGCCGAUCAAUAGCGCCAUGGCCUCCACAAGUGGAUGCCCACACAAACAAAACACUAGAAGACCUGUGGGUCUGUGGACUCUUGUACGAUGAGUUAUAUAAAAAGGAUCGUGAAAAUUGUUGAGUAUCACCAACGACCCUGAAUCAUGCAUCGCGCUCUUGCAGUCGGCGAUAUCGUUCACAACAUACUACAACAUGUCAAGUCCUCCGGCACAGACCUGAUAAACGUAGCAGUGACCUGCUCUACGUUAUCAGAUCCCGCCCUCAAUAUACUAUGGCUUGAACAGUCAAGUUUAGGACCCCUUGUGAUGUGUCUGCCGCAAGACACCUGGGAGGUCACGGAGAAUCGCACUAUUAAACUUUCUCGCGUGCCGCAACUCACGGAGUGGGAGCGUGUCAGAACCAAUGCGUCAAGGAUACGCAGGAUUAUUUCCGAGAGGCGCAACCAUGUUUACGUUCCCCCGAGACCAAGUGCCCCGGUCCUACGGCAACUAUUCGCGCUGUUUCCGCCUGCCAUACUCUUCCCCAAAUUAUGUGCAAUGCAUUUCGAUGCGGUGUCUCACCUGCCGGAGAUUCAUUCAGACUUCUUGCUACUUCGCCAGUUCUUCUUGCCCAGAUUGGAAACCCUGGCAUUUAACGUACCGUCAAGAGUCCCCACGUAUGAGGUAGAGCAAUUGAUCAGUGCUCUUCCCGCGGAAGCGUCCGGCCUGCGGCAACUGUCGAUAAUGUCGUCUCAGGAUAUGCCACUCGAAUUAAGUGCCCUCAAACGUCUCUUUCUCCGUAGCCCUCGCUUGCAAAAUUGCACAUCCUUCCUUCUUCAAAUUGCCACCCCACAAUUAUCAACCAUCGAGAUCGGCACACACCGCACAGCUGCUACCCCAGAAGAAAUCACCGCGCUCAUUGAAUCCCUAUCCACGUCUUGCCAAACAUUCGGAUAUCUGGAAAAGAUCUCUGUGGUCGACUAUUCGCCCGGCCAGUGGUGGGAACAUGAAUCUCAAAGCGAACUCUAUUCCCGUAUUUUCCGGCCUUUGCUCCAGUUUCGAAGGCUAUCGACUGUCGAGUUUGUUGACACUGGGAAAUUCCGCCUUAACGACUCGUUUAUCGAGGAUGCUGCAGUUGCUUGGCCGUAUCUUCGUGUACUGAAGUUCGCCUCGGAGAAAGUUAGCGAUUGCGAUGUCACCUUUACCGCAAUGCUUUCAUUGGCGUCAAAGUGCAAGUUGCUGCAUUGCCUACACUUAACGUUCGAUGCCACAUAUUUUCCGAUACUUCCCCAUGCGCAGGAUGGGAAUCGGGAACUUUGGACCACGCAAACAGCCCUCAGCGAGCUGCAUGUCGGACGCUCGAAGGUGUCGCCAGCGUCGCAAUUUCACCUCUUCCUAGCUGUGGUGUUUCCAAACCUAGUUGAUCUCUCUCGAUCUUAUACGGCGUAUCGUUUGGCCGAUGGUAUUGCAUGGCGCCAAUUAAAAGAAGCAGUGGGAACAACUGGCGAUCUAUCUGGAGACGUUCCCAGAAAUGGCAACCUCCUGGCAAAGCUCCCUACUGCAGCCACAGCCUUAGUUGGAAGGGGGGACCAAGCGGGGGAUGAGGAAUUGGAGGGGGAAGAUAAUGAUGAAUUUCUGUGAGGAUCUCAGUGUAACCUGGUG